AUGGCUGAAAAACAUGUCGAAUCUAUUGACGACAAGAUGGCCAAUGCCGAGUUCAAGGAGGUUCUCCCCGAGAACAAUGGUCAGAUCACGGCUCUCCAAAUUCAAGCACGCUUCGACACUCUCCGUGAUCUCGACGCAGACCAAAUGGCUGCUCUGAACAAGAAACUCGUCAAGAAGCUUGACUGGAGAUUGAUGCCCUGCAUCACACUCAUGUUUCUCAUGAACUAUCUCGACCGUAUCAACGUAUCCAACGCGCGCCUCGCUGGACUCCAAGAAGACCUGAAAAUGACCGACACACUCUGGAACGCCGGCAUAUCAACCUUCUACGUCGGAUACCUCGUUGGUCAAGUCCCUGGUAACCUAUGGCUUGCCAAAGCCGACCCUCGAUGGCUUCUUCCGUCUAUGAUGAUGGCGUGGAGUAUCGGCACCAUAUGCAUGCCAGCUAUGACGAACGGUGCGGGAUUUGCCGUAUGUCGUUUCUUCAUCGGUCUGUCCGAAGCCCCGUUCUUCCCUGGUAUCACGCUUAUGACAUCCUCCUGGUACACCAAAGAAGAGAACCCAAUGCGAAUGGCCAUCUGGCACGCCGGUAAUACCAUGUCCAACAUCCUCUCCGGCUUCCUUGCCGCAGCUAUCUUAGAGAACAUGGGUGGCAUCCUGUCGCUGAAAUCCUGGCAAUGGUUCUUCAUUAUAGAGGGGGCAGUAUCCAUCCUCGUAGCCGCAUCAGCAUAUUUCAUACUCCCUUCCUGGCCACACAACACGCGGUGGCUAUCACCUGAAGAAUCCGAAAUGGCCCAGUACCGGGUCCAAGUCUCCAACGGCGGCCACUACGAAGAAGUAGGCGGAACAUGGGACGGACUGAAACAAGCAGCCAAAGACCCGUUCACCUGGUACUUUUGUCUCAUGCACUUUGCCCUCGUCACAGCACAGAGUUUCAAGGACUUUUUACCAUCGAUUAUGAAAACUUUCAACUUCUCAAAACUGACAACGUACCUCAUCCAAGCGCCCCCCUACGCCAUCGCCUACGCCGUCGCCUGCGCCCUAGCCUACACCUCGGGCCGAACGCAAGAAUCAACCUUCCACAUCAUCGGCCCCAUCAUCAUGAGCGCCGCGGGUUGCAGCAUGUUAAUCGGCACCUUGAACAUCGGCGCCCGCUACUUCGGGCUCAUCUUGCUCAUCAGCGGGACUUACUCCGGUCUAAACCUGCAGUUGAGCUGGGAGACGACGCUUGUUCCCGCGCCGCGCAGUAAAAAGGCGGCGCUGAUUGCGAUAGCGAAUUGUAUUAGUCAGACGAGUCAUUGGUUUAGUCCGUAUUUCUUCCCGACGAGCCAGGAGCCGUUUUAUCGGCUGGGGGGCGGGUUGAUUCUUUUUGGGUGUGUGGCGUGUGUUGCGUCGGCGUUGUUGGUUAGGGCGAGGGCGAAGGGGUUGAAUAGGGAGUUGGAUGAGGCGGAGGGGUGGGAGGAGGGGUGCGGGGUGGAGAAGGGGUGGAGGUUUGCUUAUUAG